AUGUCUGACGAAGUCGUGUGGCAGGUGAUUAACCAAUCCUUCUGUUCCCAUAGAAUAAAAGCUCCCAGUGGUCAAACCUUCUGUAGAGAUCCAUAUAACGUCACUGGUCUUUGUACCAGACAAUCAUGUCCCUUAGCAAACUCUAAGUAUGCCACGGUGAGAUCAGAUAAAGGUCGUAUCUAUCUAUAUAUGAAAACUCCAGAAAGAGCUCACACUCCUGCCAAAUUGUGGGAAAGAAUUAAAUUGUCAAAGAAUUAUUCGAAGGCGUUGAAACAAAUUGAUGAACAUCUUUUACAUUGGAAUAAUUUCUUCAUUCAUAAAUGUAAACAACGUUUCACUAAAUUGACUCAAGUGGCUAUCACUGAAAGGCGUCUUGCAUUGAGAGAAGAUGAAAGACAUUACGUUGGGAUCGCUCCUAAGGUAAAGAGAAGAGAACAAAAUAGAGAAAGGAAAGCCUUAGCUUCUGCGAAGAUUGAAAAAGCUAUUGAAAAGGAAUUGUUAGACAGAUUGAAGAGUGGUGCUUACGGUGAUAAACCUUUGAAUGUUGAUGAAAAGAUAUGGAAGAAGGUUAUGGGUAAAUUGGAUGAUGAACAAGAAGAAUUGGAAGAAGAAGAAGAUUGGGAUGAAGAAGAAGAAGAGGAAAGUGAUGAAGGUGAGGUUGAAUAUGUUGCGGAUGAUGCCGAAGGUGAAUAUGUUGAUGUUGAUGAUUUGGAAAAAUGGCUAGCUGAUUCCGAUAGAGAAGAUGCUUCAUCAGAUGAAGAAAGCAGUGAUGAAGAUUCCGAAAGCAAUGAUGACGAAGAAGAAGCUACUGAUUCUAAGAAACGUAAGAAAUCAAAGGCUCCAAAGAGUAAACGUCCAAAGGUGGAGAUUGAAUUCGAAGAAGAGCAUGAACUACAAAAUAAUGAACAACAACUUGCAAAUUGA